AUGGCAGACUAUCGCUCGCCCGUAUACAAGGCUCCUCCCCGCAAGCCGGUGCCGGGCAAUGCUGGUUUCCAGUUCCACACGCUUGACUCCAGCAGCAGCUCCCACCACCUUGCUGACGCCCCGUCGCACCAGGCCAGCAGCAGCGGCAGCAGCAUCGCCAGACCGGUCAGCACUCAGUAUCGCCCUCGCACCACGAGCUCGUCUUUGUUGCCUGUCGACAUGCAGCCCAUGAGGGAGUCGAUGGCGGGAUACCCGCAGCACCAGCAGCAGUAUCCCCAUCGCCAGUUCCACCAACACAGCCCACACCCGCAACCGCCACACCAGCACCAGCACCAGCACCAGCUCUACCAGCAACAGCAGCAACAACAACAGCAGCAGCGAUCACCUUAUGGCGUUGCCCCCCCAUCACGUAGAGCGUCGAAUGCUACCACAUGCACUACCUCUACUGGUGGGAACGCGCCCCCUACCCGCCAAAUGAGCCAGAUCAGCUCUGAUAUCAGAUACAGCACCUCCUCCCAGCGGCCGCAGGUCAGCUAUGUUGCUCUCAUGCGCAAGCAAAAGGCUACCGCGGAGGACCCCCGCCUCCUCGCUCAGCGUCGUGCCGCCAAACAGCGUGCGCUGCUAGAGGUGCACGGCAGCUCGUCCACACGCAGCAGCACCCUGAUCAGCGGUGGAAAGAUCAGACACAGCGGUAACGGCCGUUCUAUAAGCUACAACACAAGCACAAUGGUCGGGGCCGGCGUCCCCCUGCGAUUGAGCGCAAACGAAGUCGGGGACGGAGACGACGAGUUUGAUGACCGCAUUGACCUUGGCCAGCCCAUACAUCAACGUACGGGAAGCGGUAGAAGCUCGACGGCCAGCAAUCGAAUGUCUGUUGCUCACCAGCGGGCCCAGCAGACUCGACUGAGCAGCAGUAGCAGUGCAAAUAAUACCCCUCCAAACGCCGAUAUACCAGACAUUGUCGAGACGCCUGCCGCUCCACUGGAGCACCUCAAGGAUGAGGAUUUCGUAGCUACUCCUAAUCGGUCGUCGACCAACACGUCUGAUCAACGUCCUGCCACAUCACAUAGUGAAGAAGAGGACGAGUUCGGCAAGAUUACGGAAAUGACUGCUCCCACCGGAAUAUCGACGGCCAUGCAGAAACGCAAGAUCUCGGAUGAUCUGAAACGACGGGGCAGCGUCGACGAACGCACCUCCAGUAUGACGGGCGUGAGGCUUUUCGUUGCCAAUCCUGAUUUGAGCGACUGA